AUGGAAAUUGAGGACCCUGAAGAGAUGCAACACAGAAAAGCACAGUUCUUGAUUUACAAGGCAUUAAAGAAAUCAGAUUCUGUUGUGUCACAGAGGAAGCAGCCAUGGUUGAAAGUGAGAGUGUGUAAGUUGAAGAUCAAGAUUGGGAGGAGAUUAAAGAGGUUCAGAAAGAGCAUAUUUUUGACAUUCUCUGUUUCUAAAGGUGGAGUUUACAAGCAAUUUAUGUCCCAAUUGAAAUCUUUAAAAGGAUUGAUUAAAGGUAGAGAUACUAUGGUUAGUACUCUUCCACCAAUGUUCACCUGA